CAUUUUGGCCGCGGAGUAAUUUCUGCAAGUGGAACCAUCUGGUGGGAGAUGGAAACCACCAGCAGUCCAGCAAAAGAAAACUAUAGAAUGAAUCGUUACAAGAACAAAGCAUUAAAUCCUGAAGAGAUGCGCAGGAGAAGAGAGGAAGAAGGGAUUCAGCUAAGGAAACAAAAACGAGAACAACAGCUGUUUAAAAGGAGAAAUGUAGAACUUAUCAGUGAAGAAUCUGCCAUAUUUGAAAGUCCUCUCAUGGAUUCAUUUGUCAGCUCUUCUGCAGCAGGGGAGGGGAUGAUCACAAGGGAAAUGGUACAGAUGCUUUUCUCUGAUGAUACUGAACAGCAGCUAGCUACCACUCAAAAGUUUCGUAAAUUGCUUUCCAAAGAGCCAAAUCCCCCCAUUGAUGAAGUAAUCAACACAUCUGGUGUUGUGGAAAGAUUUGUAGAGUUCUUGAAAAGAAAUGAAAAUUACACAUUACAGUUUGAAGCAGCGUGGGCUUUGACAAAUAUAGCUUCAGGUACAUCUUUCCAGACUAAAGUGGUGAUAGAAGCUGGUGCUGUUCCAAUAUUUAUUGAGCCUAACUCCGAGUUUGAGGAUGUUCAAGAACAAGCAGUGUGGGCCUUGGGAAACAUUGCAGGUGAUAGUGCAGUGUGCAGGGACUUCGUACUUCACUGUGGGAUCCUUCCACCAUUGUUGCAGUUAUUGACUAAAUCUAAUAGACUCACAAUGACAAGAAAUGCUGUUUGGGCACUGUCAAACUUGUGUAGAGGGAAAAAUCCACCUCCUGAUUUUGAGAAGGUAUCCCCGUGUUUAACUGUACUGGCCAGAUUACUGUUCAGCAGUGACCCUGACUUGCUUGCUGAUGCUUGUUGGGCAUUAUCAUACUUGUCAGAUGGACCAGAUGAGAAAAUUCAAGCUGUUAUUGACUCUGGGAUUUGCAGGCGAUUGGUGGAACUGUUAAUGCAUAAUGAUUACAAAGUUGCUUCACCAGCAUUAAGAGCUGUAGGUAACAUAGUAACAGGAGAUGAUAUCCAGACACAGGUCAUAUUAAAUUGUUCAGCUUUGCCAUGUCUUCUACAUUUAUUAAGUAGUCCAAAAGAAUCCAUAAGAAAGGAGGCCUGUUGGACCAUUUCAAACAUUACAGCUGGGAAUCGAGCACAGAUUCAGGCGGUAAUAGAUGCAAGCAUUUUUCCAGUGCUUAUUGACCUCCUUCAAAAAGCAGAAUUUCGGACAAGAAAAGAAGCCGCAUGGGGCAUAACAAAUGCAACAUCUGGAGGAACACCAGAACAGAUUAAGUACCUUGUAAACGUGGGUUGCAUUAAGCCUUUGUGUGAUCUACUGACUGUUAUGGACUCAAAAAUAGUUCAAGUUGCUCUAAAUGGGCUGGAGAAUAUCUUAAGACUUGGAGAGCAGGAGGCGAAACAGAACGGAACAGGGAUCAAUCCUUAUUGUAGCCUUAUUGAAGAAGCCUAUGGUCUCGAUAAAAUAGAAUUUUUGCAGAGCCAUGAGAAUCAGGAGAUCUAUCAGAAGGCAUUUGAUCUCAUUGAGCAUUACUUUGGUGUGGAAGAGGAGGACAGUACUAUUGCUCCACAAGUGGAUGAAAGUGCACAGCAAUUUCUGUUUCAGCAACAGGAGGCGCCCAUGGAGGGUUUCCAGUUGUAAAGUGUUCAGCAAAAUACAAGCAUCCAUGUGCACCCUACUCUUCUGCCCCACCACCUCCUCACUCCCCCAUCCCAACCACCAUCACAUGUUAAGUUGAAUUGAGAGGUAAUUUUUUUUUCAUUCCUUCAGGAAAAAAUGUUUGAAGAGAAAAAUGAAUUUGGUACAAAAUGUUGUACCCUCUACUUCAUUUGAGUGGAGGGAGUUGUGGGGUAACUGUUGCACCUUCCCUUUUGUUUAAUUCCAAUUGCAUUGGAACUUGAUUUUUUCAGUGUGUGCAACAUACCUCGUGCAUCUGUAAAAUCCAAUUUUCCCAGAAAUAAAGCUGGUCAAAAUCCAGUAUAUAUCUUAAUUCUGCUGGAUUGAAUGCUUUUCAAUAAUAGCAUCAAACUUCAAGGAGUAAAGUUUUGGGUUUGCAGUCAAUUGUUAUAACUGUAAAAUAUAUAGGUUUCUAUAGAGUGCUUAUGACUGAUCGCUACCUUACUUGGGUAAACAUGCCAUUUGGACAAUUAGAUGGUUUAAAAAAAAGUGUAGGUGUUGGAAAAAAUUGUCCUUUGGAUUUUUGCUUGUGAUUUUUAUUUUGUUUGCUGGGAAUGGGUGGUAAGGGACAGUGAGGAGAGCCUAAAAUAUUUCAGUGAAUAUGUACAUAUUAUAUAAUGAGCAAGUACUGGCUUGUGCUGAUUCUCAAUUUGGUGAACUUGCAGCUUUAAUGAAAUAAUCAGUUGCUUGGAUGCAAUUAACAUUAAUUAAGGGUGGAGUCAAGAUUCUGACGGGAAAGUUAAGAGCAGUGUAUGUGGGGAAACGUGAGCAUUCAGAAUUGGCAUUUUUGCUAUUUUGAUUAGGUUAAACGUGUAUUGUCUACUGGUAGAGUAAUUUUAAGUGUUGAAAAAAAACAGAUUUGCUUGAUUAUGGCUUAAUUUAAACAUUCAGAUUUGAUUUGUACAUUUUCUUUCCUCUUUGGAACAGGAAGGGUAUUAUAAUUUUUGGUAAUGGUUUGGGAGAGCAGGUGUGAGCUGACAAUGUAGUUGGGGAUAAAAUAUAAGCUGUGUGCUGUGUUUAUGAAAAUGGGUGUGUCUGAUCUUGCCAGGUGUUGCAUAGGGACAGCUGUUGAUAAUAUAUUUAAAAAUAUACAGAUUUGAUCUCUUUAGGAAUUGAGUGUAUUUGAUCUGUAAACUGGAAGCUGAACAAUGCAGUCCUGUUAAUGUCAGCCAUUAUUUAACAUGUUACAUUAAAAUUAUAUCCCUUGCCAAGCAUCUGGUGUAAAACUACUGAGGCCAUGAUCACCUAGAUGCCAAGUUUUAAACCACAAUUGGAUACCUAUUUCCUAUCUGUAAACUUGCUUCAAUUUUCUCAUGGGCUACCUCUUGAAUAUCUAAGUUCUAGGUUUAUGUCAGACUACUAUGUUAAUGAAAUUAUUAGCCUGUAAAAGACAUCCUACAAUAUUUGUAAUUACAGUUUUGUAUCAUUUUUUGCUUUGGGAAAUUCAUUUUUGUUGAAGAAACUUUAUUAUUUGCACUUCUCUCACAGCAAAAUUAUCUCUGGAUAUACUGCCUGAAAGAACUCAUUGGGAGAUGAGCUGUGUGUUAAAUCAAACCAUCUCCCAACUGGAUUUAGAUUCUAUUUGCUAUUAAAUUAGUUUUUAAGUAGGCAUAUGGUGGAGAUGUUCAUUCUAAUUUUUAAAGAGGCAUAUAUCCAAGCUGUAUUGGAGUCUGAGUAAAGUGCUACAGAGUCAUACGCUGUCAUUGAUUGAGCUUUUAAAAUGUAAAAUGCACUGGGAAGAGGAAAUUUAAUUGCCAGGGAUAUGAUGAGGAAAAACAGAAAAAAAAACUUGAAGCAAGUAUAAAAUCCACAUCAACUUUAUGAGAAAGGAAACAAAUUUUCUGCAAGGUCAUUUUUUGAAUUAAAAAAAUUACCUGAUAACCUUGUGCUUUGGCAAGGGAAUAGUUAUCGAUAUUUUAACAAAUUUGAUAUUAUUUGCACACCUACAUACCAGCAUACAGUUCAAUACAAUUUAACGCCUCCAGUUUUAGAGGAAAUGGCUUCCAUAAUUCAGGUAGACAGGUUAUUAUGAAAGGUGGGGCUUUCUUAUGUGCUGGAAGACUACAUUGUAUAAAAUGUGAAUCUUAAUUAUCAGUUUGUUAAAUGUUAAAUAGUGAAGCCAUUUUUCUCUACCUCUGCCAUCGUGAUCAGCUUUGCUGUGUUAUGCAGACAGAUCACACAGAUAUUAGAGAUGUAUGAAGUGGAACCACUUUGAAUUAGGAUCUUGCUUGAGUGUAACUGGUUGUUAUAUGUCAGGCUGAGUGGUAUUAUUCAUUUCAGAGAUUACAAACUAUAAUGUCUUUGUGGUUCUUAAAUUGAUAAUUUUAGUUUUGUUUGGAUUUCUGGAAGAUCAGCUCCAAAGGAUCAGCAUACUGAAUAUGUAGUGAAAAGUGUGCAGUGUUCUUACCCUGCCAUAAAGGUCAUACUAGCUGGACACACAGCCUUUAUGAUGGCUUGGUCUAAUUCAGCAUGGUUCUACUUCUACAUGUCACUAACAGACGAGUGUGACACUGACUGACUGAAAAUACGUGUUGUGAUGGUAAGUUUGAAUCCACUUUCCAUUGCUUCUGACCAGACCUUUUCAAUCUUUCUGGUGUGUAUGUAUUCAACAUAAUAGGAAUGGACUCAGAACCAGAUUUUCAAAAAUUUUGCAGUAGGACAAUGAUUAUGCUACAGAAAAAUUAGUCUUCAAAAUUAACUGGUUUGCAUGUACUGUGUUUUAAUAGUAUUUAAAAAAUAAUCCUCAUUGCACAUCUCAAAAGAUUUGCUGAGUUGGUAAAUAUUAUGCUUGUUUGCCCUUCGGGACCUGGCAUCUUUGCAUAUUUUCCUUUGAUUGGAGCCACUAUUUCAUUUUGGGGAGGAUUGUGUUUUUUCUCUGCAAUUGGCUAGAAUCAUUGAAACUACAUUUGAAAUCUUCAUCUAGAAUGAAACUUUGUUGAUUCUUGGUUAGUGGCCAUUGUGAAAGAGCAAAGGAAAACAUGGAAAGUGGAAAACUAAUAUGAAGAGUUGGGAGUUUUUUUAAAGUAUCCUUGAGGAUUGUUUCAGCAUUUCUGCAUGAAUUGGUAAUAUUAGGCAACUGAAAUGCAUUGCACUAUUGGAACCACAGAAAACACAAUGUUAAUUGUAGAAAAGCUUUCCAGUGUGAGGGUUUAAACAUUUUGGUCCUUGUAAACUGAUAAAAAAAAUGAAUGUCCCUUUUUAUUUCAUUAUAGACCCGUCUUUAUAAGAGUAGAGUACACUGUGUUGGAAAUUGGUCUGACUUUUGUGGAGUUGUUGAUGGAAAAUUUGGUGGGCAGUUGAUGAGAACUGCAUUUCACUUUCAAAAAAUUGCUUUACACUAAUUUUGUAACAGUAACUAUCUUAAAUCCUGUCACCAAUAUGAAGUUUAAUCUGGAUUCAUAUGAAGUGGCUGCAAGAUGGCAUAGUAAUAAUUUCCUCACACAAAGCGAUCCCAGCUGCUUAAAUUUUAUAAAGUAAAAAGUAUUUGGAGCUUAAAUAUCAAUGAAGAGAUUGAAUUGCUUUUAUCAAUACUGCACUUUAGGCUUAGGUUUCACUGGUAGAUUAUUUAAUAAAAACAGAAACAUUACAUUUGCUAGAAUGUCCUUAACGCUGGCAAUAAAAUUGAUAUUUUGAUGUGAGAAUGCUGACUGCAUUAGACGAGUGUAAUUGAAGACAGCCUGAGUCUAUUUCAUAUUUUGCUGUAUCCCUAUGCCCAUGUUGUUUAUGAGUGGCAUAAAUUGGUUAUGAACCCUUCACUAACCAAUAUAUUUUUUGAAUUUUUCCAACAGUGACCAGAACAGCAAAUAAUUAUCCUCAAGGAUACUGUAUGCAAAUUUCAUACAAUUUUAAAAAACAAAUACUAAUAGCAUUUCAUGUUACUGCAAUAUUGUAAUUAAAAAUUCAAGAACUUCCAUUUCCCAACUAUGCAAACUUUUGCUUGAGGCCUUCCGACCAGGAUUCCUGCCUUCAAUGUGUCUAAAUGUUGUAAAGUAUCUGUUGUCUAGCGGGUUUUUGUACAGUUUUUCUACAGAUAUUUUGAUGUAUAAAGCUUAAAUGUGCAAUUUAGCAGGGAGAAAUUUUCAAUUUGUAUUAAUUGGAGCUGUUACAAUUUGAAAUACUGUUGCUGAGAAUACUACUGUAGGGCAAGCAUUGCCCUUAUUUUCAAGUGCAAAAGUUCAGCUGCUAUAACUAAGAUAACUUCUGUAUUUUAAACUUAACUGACAUUUAUUUUACAGACGUUUUUUGCACUUGUGGCCCUCCUUUGCAAAGUCGUAGCAACAGAGACUCUCUGCAGAACAAAAAAGAAAUCUAAAUUUUAAUGCACUCCUGUUCUUUAUUCACACAAGUGCCAAUCUGACCACGAGUCCAGGAAGAUUUGUGUUUUUGUCUUGAACAAUUUUAGUUUACUUGAAUGUACACUUUUUUAUGGAUAUGUGGAAACAUGCUGCUCUUUAUUUCUUAACUGCCACAAAGAUAUUACUUAGGUCAGAUGAACAUUGGGAAGUAUUGCUGUACUUGUCCAUUGAUUCAACAGGUUUGGAAUAUAGUUGAGAAUUAACCACCUACCAGAAAAUCCAACUCUGUACGCCCAUGGCCAGAAUUUUUUAUUUGCUAUUUUGCAAACAGAUGUAGGAGAUUUAAAAUUUUACAAAUUUAGGCUUAAAAAUGCAUAACCAAAAGAAGUAUUUUUAUUUAUUUUCAUACAUAUUAUGACAAGAUUUUUUUUUAAACUUCGUCUUCUACAGAUGUUUGCAAAUUUAAUGUCCAUGUCCAAAUUAAUACUCUUCAAAACUUAAAUAAAACUGGUUCUCUUUUUCCCACUAAUUGAUUUUGGGAGGAUACAUGACCACCCAAAAUGCUUUUGACAGCAGACGGACUUGACAGUUAACUGUAUGAAUGUGUGAAAUGACGGCACAACAGAACAUUCACUUAAAUGUACACGUGCACACAACACAUGAACACAUACACACACAAACUACAAACUUUGUUCCUUUGUUUAAACACUGUAAAUGUACAAGUAUAAAAUAAAUCUUGUUCCAAAUCUACAAUUUGUGUGUUACCUUUAACAGAC